CAGGGUCCGGGGAGAGCGGAUAUAGUGAAUGCAGGGUCCGGGGAGACCGGAUAUAGUGAAUGCAGGGGUCCGGGGAGAGCGGAUAUAGUGAAUGCAGGGUCCGGGGAGAGCGGAUAUAGUGAAUGCAGGGUCCGGGGAGAGCAGAUAUAGUGAAUGCAGGGUCCGGGGAGACCGGAUAUAGUGAAUGCAGGGUCCGGGGAGAUCAUAUAUAGUGAAUGCAGGGUCCGGGGAGAGCGGAUAUAGUGAAUGCAGGGUCCGGGGAGACCGGAUAUAGUGAAUGCAGGGUCUGGGGAGAUCAUAUAU